AGUCUUCUACCGUUUGUUUUUUCUCUGUUAUUAGCCAAUAUUCCAGCACUGCUCUAACAAAAAUACGGCUGCAUAUUCCCUAUAGAUAAUUUUACGCAGAACUUCAGACGUUUCCCAAUUAGUACGCAUUGAGGAUGGUUUUGGCCGCCCGACGUGCAGUCUGUAAGGCAUGUCAGGGCAUGUCCAGAUUGGAUGAAGUGGAACUGUCUAUCGAUAGCGUGCUAAAGUAUAGGCUCGUGAAAACGAUUUUUAAAAAGUGUGCUUAAGUAUCUUCGUAAAACUUAUGGAUCAAGGAGUUACAUUGCUGUCAUGGAUUGUUCUGAAACCCAGUACUACUUGAAUGGGAACUGCCACCCUUGUCUGCAAUGUGGACCAGGACAAGAGCUGUCAGAGGACUGUGGUUAUGGAAGUGGACGGUCGGCUUAUUGCAUCCCCUGUAAUGUCAAGACUUAUAAAGAGGGUUGGGGUUACCACUUCUGCAGAUUCUGCCAGUCAUGUAAACGCAUAAACAGGCACCAGAAGUCACUGUGCACCUCUAAAAGCAAUGCUGUCUGUGGGGAGUGUUUACCAGGCUUUUACAGUAAGACACGGAUAAAUGGCUUGCAGGACUUGGAGUGCAUGCCAUGUGGUCCCUCCUCCACCACUGAGCAGCAGUGCAGCCGAAGCAGAGAAGUUGAUGUGGAAAAAGUCUGGAGCCCAGAAGGCCCAGCCCAUAAUGCUGCUGUUACCGCCACAAUUUCUGUAGCCCUGGUUACCAUGGCAAUCCUAGCUGCUGCCUUGUUUAUAUACUUCAGGCAUACCUUACUAAAGAAAAUAUUUAAAGGAUGCCUGGCUCCUCAAAGCACAAGUCAGAAUGACAUGGAGUGUGCAGCAUACCCAGUGAACAGGGUCACACUGAACCUGGAGCAGGAAGGCCAAGGCUCAGGUGCAUGUGCUAACUCUACCACCACUGCAGAAACAUUUGCCAGACUGCAGUCCAAAGUGGACAUGAUUGUCCCUCUGGGGUCCAUUGUACUAAGCCCUGACCUUAAAACUCAGGACCACAGAUACCUCCUGGAGACCCAGCCGCUGGUGCAGAACUCCACCUGCAGUAACUGCUCAUCUGGGUUUGUCUCUCAGAUAUCCUCUGAGCCGCCCUCAGUCAGUGGGGACGUCCCACUCACAAUGGAGAUCCCUGUGGGUCCAAUAGACAGUGGGGAGUAUGUGGCAGGGUCCUUGUUCCUGCAGAGCAGUGAGGGAUACUGUGCCUCUGAGCUGCAUGCGAGCCCACUCCAUCAGCAUGUCCCAGUGGAGUGCACUGAGCUAGACUUCCACACCACUGCAGCCUCAACACUGGAUCUUGACAGUACUACAGACCCAGACUGUAGCUCUGUGAGCCUGGGGAUUACUGAGAUAUCUGAGAUUAGGGACGGCUCCUCCGGAGACAGGUUAGGAGGAAGACAACUGAGGAGGAGUCCAUCUGACUGCCCAGAGGAGCAAACUGACAGCUGUUGGAACAGCCAUCAACAACCCUGCAACAGCAGUCUGGGAGGCAGUAAUGCGAUGGAAACAGUGAGCCUGCUGAAGAAGUGUAUCCGAAUCAUGCAAGGCCACAUGGAGAAACAGACAAUCGUUGUGCCAAGAGACUUAGCUGCAUACUUGGCACCACUGGUUAAAUCUUCAAGAAGAGGAUAAAUUCCCUUUACAGCAUGGGCUAGUCCUGAGAUAGUAAUUAUGACAGCAUGCUACAAUUGUUAGAAUUUGCUUCCUGUAGGCUUUCUGGUGAAGCAACACACCAACUGACCUGGUGUGUGUGAUCUGCAGAGGAUGAAGUUAUUUGCACACUGUCACUGUCCAUGAGACAUUCUCAAAUGUUGAAUGUAGAAACAGUAACAUCUAGUAAUAGCUGAAUAGUUAACCUCUUGUGGUAGGUGGACAGGGGGAUCUGUGCUCAUUUCCCCAUUGGCCUGUGUAUCUUCUGUCCAGGGGUCCGUCUAGGCAGGCUGCCGCAGGCCUUGGUGGAUUCUCUGGCUCUGAAGCUGGACCCAACAUUCCCAGGAGUACAGAACUACCAGCAGGUGGCGCUGAAGAUGGGCAUAUCUCACGAGUUGCUGAAAGACCUGCGCGGGUUUGAACAGGUCUUUCGGUACCUUUCCUCCUGCACUCUGCUGACAGUACCUACUCUGCUCCACACCUUCUAUCUCCUGCAAAGGCUUGACACCCUGCUCCUGCUGUGUGAAUAUGCCCUGCAGCGCUAUGUCACAGGAUGCACAUACUAACUGUUGUUGCUAACAACACUUCUGCCAACACAACCUAGAAGGCUGACAUCAACAGGUUAUAAUAUGAUCAGUAUGCGUACUACUGAACUAGAACCUACCUGGAACAACAUAACUGCUCAAACUCAGAUGUGGAUGUGUAAACAUUUAGGGGUUCACAGCAAAGCUGUAAAACCUAUUGUUAGAUUAUUUGUUUUCGUUGACAUGGUCAAAUAACGCAAGCAUAGAUUGGUAACUUUUUCUAAUUUUACACACAGAAACUAGAGACCUGAAUAACUUGGUCAAAAAUAAUGGCACUGAUUGACCUAUAUGUGGCACUGUUAUAAGCAGUCUCACUUAAACCCUCAUAUCCGCCAUCUCGUUUGACCUAGAGGCGUGAAACGUUGUAUCUAGGUGUUGUUCUUGAUACUGAACAAAUUUGCCUCAAGGACCCAUAAGAUCUGUCAGGACAGAUUUUCCUCCAUCUUGUACAUUUUGGAAAACCUUAGAAAAAUUUCUCAUGAAUUAUAGGUAACUUCUCAUGAAAUUUGGUAUGUAGGCGCAUGGUACAUUUCAUAACUUAGUUUGAGAAAAGCUAAGCGAUUGGUUAAGAGAUGGCUUAUUGUUAAAUCAGGAAAUCCCAUUUCACGUGUCCAUUUAAAUCCUUUGUAAAUCCACCCCACAAUGGCCUAUCAACUUGAAUAUUUUUAGAAUAAUCAAAUACAUUACCACAAUGAGCCAUGCUACACUUGGAAUUGAUAUCUUAAAAAUAUGGACACUGUUAACAAUGACCUUUUUUGACUAUGUAACACUAAACUUAAAAUAAUUUGUAAAAAUCUUCUCAUGGACUAAAAGUCAGAUUCACUCCAAAUGUUGUCUUUGGACAGUAGUCCAUAAAGCAUUUGAGAAAAUAAUGUUGGUUCAAAGAUGGCCGCACUAUACCAGUAGAUUCAUAUUUGAAAUCUAAAUCUCAUUAACCAUUGGACCAAAUGACACCAACUUUGGAAUGUAGACCCAUGGUGCAUUUCUUAACUUAGUUUCAGCUAACGUAUUGGCCGAAAGAUGGCUGAGUUAUUGACAAAUCAAAAAUCUGAUUUCACGUGUCCAUUUAAACCACUGUAAAUCCACUACAUAGUGGCCUAUCAACGCUUCAAUGUUUCCACUGAUUCCACAUGAAGGAAGAUAGUUCCUACAUGAUAGGGUGCUUGAUUUUUUUAUCCUAUUAAUCUUGAGUCCUUUCUGUCAUCGAGCCUGGUCAGCUAUAUUUUUAUUUUUUAUUCGGAAUAGAUCAAAUGUUAUUUUUUCCAGGUUUCACAUGUAACAUAUGUGAAUGCUAAUGUGACAUAAUUUACUCUUAUGUUUCAGAUAUUUUGUCAUGCAUCAAAAGCUAUCCAUGAAAAUGAUGCAUUCAUAUUUGAAAAGUUUGUCAGAAGAUACAUUCUUUUAAAUGCAUACUGUACAAACUAUGUUAAUGGCUGUACUGAAUGAAUGAAGAAAAAGUAUUUCAUUUUUUAUUAGUAUUACUUUUUAUACAUGUUUUGGACUUUUGUAAACAAAACUAAAAUUACAUUCCUAUUCAUGGAAAUUAUGUUGUGAUGUAAUUUGUUAUAAACCUUACUUAAUAAAGAAGUAUAUAGUCAUAGACAAAUUUGAACAGAAAACAUGGCCAGUUGCUGUAUUUCUGCAACACAUAAUUGAAAAGCAGACUUAAAAUGAAGAUUUGCAGAACUAAUGCCACACUACUGACAUUUCUACUAAGCUACCCUUUAGCAAGGAUUUUACAUUGUGUAACAACACAAAUUCCUUUGUUAUGAAAUUAAACUUGAGUUUUUCUCAG